AUGCACAGAACAUACUCUUUGAGAAACGCUAGGGCGCCGACUGCCUCGCAGUUGCAGAGCCCCCCUCCGCCACCUGCCUCGACAAGGGGCAAGUUCUUCGGGAAAGGGGGGAUCGCGUACGCGAUCAGAAGGAACGGUGCCGGUGCGUUCGGCCCAGAUAUGGCGAGGAAGCUGUCGCAGUUCGUCAAGAUGGAGAAGAACGUGCUGCGGUCGAUGGAGAUUGUCGCUAACGAGAGGAGGGACGCCGCUAAGCAGCUGUCGCUGUGGGGGUUGGAGAACGACGACGACGUCUCGGAUAUCACGGAUAAAUUGGGGGUGCUUAUCUACGAGAUCAGUGAGCUGGACGACCAGUUCAUCGACCGCUACGACCAGUACCGUUUGACCAUGAAAUCUGUUAGAGAUAUCGAGGCCUCGGUGCACCCAUCGAAGGAGCGGAAGUACAAGAUUGACGAUAAGAUUGCGUUCCUCAAGUACAAGGACCCACAGUCCCCAAAGAUUGAAAUCUUGGAACAAGAGUUGGUUAGAGCGGAGGCUGAGUGUCUUGUUGCAGAGGCACAACUGUCCAACAUCACAAGGUCCAAAUUGAGAGCCGCAUUCACUUACCAGUUCGAUUCCAUGAUCGAACACGCGGAGAAAGUCGCACUGAUUGCAGGGUACGGGAGAGCGUUGCUAGAAUUGCUAGACGACUCUCCAGUGACCCCGGGUGAGACAAGACACGCUUACGACGGGUACGACGCCUCAAAGCAGAUCAUCAUCGAUGCUGAAGCCGCGUUAAACGAAUGGACCCUCGACUCAGCGCAAGUUAAACCAACUUUGAGCUUCAGACAGGACUACGACGAUUACGAGGACGAGGAGGAACCUGAGAUCGAGGAGGUCGAAGAGGAGGAACACCCGGACCACGAACAAUGGGUUCAAGAAGAGGAGGCUCCAGCUGAAGAACAUCAAGAGCAGGAGGAACCACAGCAGGAAGAACGCGAAGUGGUUGCUGCCUGA